AUGGGCUGCCCCUGGAUGAACGGGGGUCCAACUGCUUCUGAGAAAUUCGAGCACUUCCGCAGCAGAACGACGAUUGUGGGGGCAUUUCUCUUCGCGAUCCGUGGAGACAUUGGGCGGAUGGGCAUACGGCCACCCCUGUUCAUCGGCGCGGCUGAUCACGUCAGUCUCCUCAAGGACUUCGGCGUUCACAACCAGGUUCACUCAAAAUGCCCCGUACAGACGGCCGUCGUUGACCAAUUCACACUAGCGAAGCUAUACUCAGUCAAGGCAUUGGGUCAAAAGCGCAACCGUCGGUACCAGGAGGGGAAACAGACAAUUGCGAAUUGGGUUGCGGUAGGCUCGCAUCCGACUGUACCUGUGUCGCAUGCUGAUCGCAGUUGA